UCCAGUCGUUUUCAUGAAGAAAACUUCCGUCCUCCACAAUCUGGCAAGUUAGCUUGAUAAAGGAAAACAGUUUUCCUUUGAAGAUAGCAUUCAACGGUAACAACAAUCAUCUCUUAAUAAGGCAUCGUCUGGGCUCCUUCCCUGAGGGCGGACGGCACCGUACGUGCAAGCGAGCGAGUCAGUGAGAGAUCCACCCCGAUCCCGGCUCCAACUCGACAAGGAUGACAAUGGAAGAGAUGAAGAAUGAAGCCGACAACAACACCAUGGUCUCCAUGACCCUCUACACCGUCAUGUACCCCGUUUUCAGCGAGCUGGAGCGAGUGGAUCUGUCUGCCGCACAGACCCUUCGGGCAGCCUUCAUAAAGGCGGAGAAGGAGAACCCGGGCCUCACACAGGACAUCAUCCUUAAGGUACUGGAGAAGAAGAGCCUGGAGGUCAACUUCACAGAAGCCCUAUUGCGCAUGGCCGCAGACGACGUCGAAGAAUAUGUGAUCGAGAGACCAGAGCAAGAGUUCCAGAAUGUAAAUGACCGGGCACGUGCACUGAAACGCAUCCUCAGCACCAUCCCAGAUGAGAUCUGUGACCGAGUACGCUUCCUCCAGACCAUCAAAGAUAUUGCCAGUGCCAUUAAGGAGCUAUUGGAUGCAGUCAACAUGCUCUUCAAGAAACACGCUCUUCCCAUCCAGAACAGAAGGGCACUCGAACAUCAGAAGAAAGAGUUUGUGAAAUACUCCAAAAGCUUUAGCGACACGCUGAAAACAUACUUCAAAGACCUAAAGGCGAUAAACGUCUUUGCCAGUGCCAACAGACUCAUCCACCAAACCAACUUGAUACUCCAGACCUACAAAACUAUAGUUGUAUAGGAUUGUUGUUUGUUUGUUUUUGUUUUUGUUUUUUUUAAUCAUUAUUCUCAUACAGAUAUGUGGAAAUAGGAACACUUUAUAUGAACAAUGUAUAGAUUUUAUGAGCUGUAUAAUUUAUAUUGGCACUGCUUUACUGGUAGGGGGCGUUUGGUCUUUUAAUUUCUAUCUCUUGAUUUUAUUUGAUGUUUUAUUUCAUUUUACUUUUUGUUUUGUUUUCUUUCCUUUAUUCCUUGAUGUGGCAUUGCCAGUGUUCAAAUGUAUGCCCAGGCUCCGCUUGUUUGUGGCUUAACCUCCGCGGUAUUAAAUUGAUACUGUCCCAUUUUUGGAAAUAAGCUUAUUUUACACCUCUCCUUGAGUUAAAUGAUUGAGUUGUACCUUUCUCCUGUACUUUCAACCGUUUUCUGAGUAUGGCAGUGCAAAUUUUACAUCUAAGCUAGCCGUUAACAUUGAGUCCUACUGUAUGAGAC